AAAAAAAAAAAGGAAACAAAAACAUUUCCCCUGCUACUUCAUCUUCUUCUUCUUCUUCAUCACCGGUGGUUCUGUUCAUUCUUCCUUGCACCUUCUUCUUUGAAGAUCGAAAUUGUGUUUUUGAAAAAAUGGGAGUUCCAGAGAAAGACCCUCUUUCCCAAUUGAGUUUGCCUCCUGGUUUUCGGUUUUACCCCACCGACGAGGAGCUCCUCGUUCAGUAUCUAUGCCGCAAGGUCGCUGGCCACCAUUUCUCUCUUCCAAUCAUUGCUGAAAUUGAUUUGUACAAGUUCGACCCAUGGGUUCUUCCAAGUAAGGCGAUUUUCGGUGAGAAAGAGUGGUACUUUUUCAGCCCUAGAGACAGGAAAUACCCUAACGGGUCCCGACCCAACAGAGUAGCCGGGUCGGGUUAUUGGAAAGCCACCGGAACCGACAAGAUCAUCACCACCGAAGGUAGAAAAGUUGGCAUAAAAAAAGCCCUCGUUUUCUACAUUGGCAAAGCCCCCAAAGGCACCAAAACCAAUUGGAUCAUGCACGAGUAUCGCCUCCUCGACUCUUCCCGAAAAAACACCGGCACCAAGCUUGAUGACUGGGUUCUGUGUCGUAUCUACAAGAAGAACUCGAGUGCACAGAAGGCGGUGCAAAACGGCGUCGUUCCGAGCAACGAGCACACUCAAUACAGCAACGGUUCCUCUUCUUCUUCUUCGUCACAACUCGACGACGUUCUGGAAUCGCUGCCAGCGAUUGAUGAACGGUGUUUCCCGAUGCCACGUGUCAACACGCUGCAGCAACAGCAGCACGAGGAGAAGAUCAAUGUUCAGAACUUGGGUGAAGGGGGGUUAAUGGAUUGGACCAACCCUUCGGUUCUGAAUUCGGUCGUUGAUUUCGUAUCGGGGAAUAAUAAUCAUAAUCAAGUGGUGCAGGACCAGACGCAAGGCAUGGUGAACUACAACGCGUGCAAUGACCUCUAUGUCCCUACGUUAUGCCAUGUGGGCACGUCAGUUCCGCAAAAGAUGGAGGAAGAGGUGCAAAGCGGCGUGAGAAACCAACGGGUCCAGAACAAUUCCUGGUUUCUUCAGAAUGAUUUCACACAGGGGUUUCAGAAUUCGGUUGACACGUCUGGGUUUAAGUACCCGGUUCAACCGGUGGGGUUCGGGUUCAGGAAUUGAACCCUGUUAUCGAUUAAUAAUAGUAGUAAUCUUUUAAAUCGGUAAAUAGGUGGGGGAUUCUUUGGGCUUAACUCGUGGGGGUUUUAGAUUAAUCCUUUAGAAAAGGGAAGAAGAAGAAGAAGAAGAAGGUGAAAAUUUUGGUCCUCAUUUUCAGCUAAAGAUGUAGGGUAUACAAACGUUCAAUGAACCAAUCCACGAGAUAAAGCAAUGACGGGACCAUUUUAAUUUGUUACGACGUAGUUUUCGGCCCACACAAGCCCUUACUCAGCCACAUGAAUCACAUUUGUACUUCAAAUGAACAGCAAGAAUUUUUUUUACUAUAUGUUAGGUUUCGUUAAAUAA